UUUUGUUUCUCUAUAUUAAUAGCGAGUACAUGGGAAACAAAGUCUAGCACAUCCCACAGAGAAGCGGUAUUGAAGGUCAGCCAGAAACACUUGCUUGAUUGGUGAAUGACUGGUAUAAAGCGCUACCAAGAUGGUCAAUUAGGCGCUCCGGGUAAGCAGUUUUUGAACGUCCUUUCACAAUGCCUAGAGUCGAUGUCGCAAGCUCCCUCAAUAAAGAUGGGUUCUCCGAGGCGCAAGCAAAACGAAAGGAUGAUGCCAUCGCAGAGGGUGGGAUGGUAGCGGACAAAUGCGGAUUGGACGAAGCGUACUUCAAUCAUGAACGUGAGGCAAAACUUGCAAGCAAGAUAACAAGAGCCACUACCUGUGGUAACGGCAUUGAACUCACGUUAUGAAGGUUGUGAUAGUGGGCGCUGGUCCUGCAGGGCUAGUGACUUGCAAGACGUUGCUCGAAGCCUCCAGUACAGAAUUACCAUUUGAUCCCAUUGUUUUGGAACAAGACGACGACGUUGGAGGUGCAUUUCGAACCCGUUGGUAUGAGGAUGCAAACCUGGUGUCUUCGAAGCAGCUCACCGCAUUCUCGGAUUUCCGCUUUUCCUCGUCGGACCUUGACCAUUUGCCGCUUGAGCAAUAUGUCGACUAUCUUCGAGCAUACUCGAAAAACUUUCGCAUCGAGGAACGAAUACAGUUCAACUCAAGAGUUGUUAACAUCAGGCGAGCUCCAGAAGGAGGUCAUUUUAUCUCCUACGUUAGAAAGCGCACAGAUGGAUCUGGCCAAUGGCAAGAUUCUCCCACAGUGAUUCAUGCAACCUAUGUUGCUAUUUGCACUGGCUUGCUCACCAUGCCAGCCGUUCCAGAUAUUCCAGGAAUUGAAAACAUUCUCAAUAAUACUACACCGGAGAGCGAGAAUGCUGGAAUCAAGCCAGCUAUUUUCCAUUCGGAGGACUACAAGUCGAGAUCGCAAUUAGCUGGACGGAAGCUUCUCAUCCUUGGAUCUGGCGAGACCGCCAUGGACCUGGCUUAUGGAGCGGCCCAAGUAGGCGCGAAGGAGGUCGUUCUGUGUUCACGUUCAGGGUUCUUGUCUUUUCCAAAAUACUUGAAUGACUUUGAGAUCCUUGGCUUCCAGUUCAAGUCGAAUAAUCCGAUUCCCACUGACUGUCUGAGUACCAACUUCACGGACACAGCAUAUGUCCACCCUUGGAUCGCAGCUUCGCGUAUUCGUUGGUUUAUCUCUGACUUCGUCCUCAAGUGGGCGUCGUGGUUCCUGACUGGAACUCAAGCCGGCGUUAAUCAAUGGGUUGGCGAAUUGGAGCCCAAACGACGUAGCCGAGCAUAUGCGUUCCCCAACAAGUCGCCCAAGGCUAUGCCAUAUAUCAAUCGACCGUAUCGCAACCCUCCCAAAACACUGGACUACUUCUCUCGAUACAUCGACCCUCCAGAAGACAUGCCUCCAAACACCAACUUUGGAGUUGAGCUAGCUCCGUUUCCCUCACAUGUUUUGCCAAGUGGCCGAGUGGUCUUCCCAGUGUCGAAACGCAAGGACGCUAUUCGGAUAGCAAGAAAGGACGUGAGACCGGACACCGUGAUCUAUGCCACGGGUUUCAAACAGGAGUUCAAUUUCUUUGAUCCUGAAAGUAAGUAUACUAGCCUUGGCGAGAGAGAUAUCAGGGAUAUCACGAAGACUGGCGACGAAAGUGUAGGCUUUAUUGGCUUCUUGAGGCCUGGAUAUGGUGCAAUUCCGCCUGUAGUGGAGAUGCAGGCGUUCUUUUGGAUAUCAUUGCUGAAGGGACAGGUCGAGAAACCACUUCCCCCACCACACUACCAUCUACUUCUGGAAAAGAGUGCAAGAAUCAAGAACGGAAUUGAUUAUUCAACCUAUGUUGGCACUCUAGCGAAGGACAUUGGCGCAGCUCCCGGUCUCUGGGAACUCUGGCGAGAGUAUGGGUCGCGUGUCCUUAUCUGCUAUUGCUUUGGUGCUGCUUUCACUCCGUUCUUCCGCCUAGUUGGCCCAUUCCGCUCGGAACAUGCGCCGGAAAUUAUCAAGACUGAGCUAUGGGAAACUAUCACACGUCGAGGUAUUCUUGGUAACUUGCUGAUGAGCAUCCCUGUGCUUUUAUACGGCACACUCAACGCAACUGCGUACCUGGCCGAGAGACUCGGACGGACUAUUGGUGCAUUAUAGUUUGCUGUACUUUCAAUCGGAAGCAAAAAUCAAAUAGUGCUGUGGUAGUGUCUCGUGCUUUACUUGUUUCAACAGUUCUCCUGAUGGACCAAGGCCUUGAUUCCAUCUAUCUGCCUUCAGUUCUGCUUCUAAAUUGUUAAAGGUAACGACGGGGGUUGGAACGUCGACCGUGCAUCGUACAGUAGUAUCAAAUAUCCU